UGUCUUCCAGCAGCCUUGGACUGAAGAAACCAAGCGCGGACAGCACCGGGGAUGCAAAUGGUUACACUAUGUAUGCGAAGAUGGGUUACUUCAGCGGCAGAUACGGAACGACAACUAAUCUGACAUCUCCUGUCCUUACCAAAGUUUGCCGCCUUGAGUUUGCCUACUACUUCAACUCGGACAAAACUGGCUCUGACUUUACAGUGAUGUUGGUCAAGACAGACACCAGGGCUACGGACAAUAUUUUCAGUGUGACAGGAGCACAGGGGGACCGCUGGAACAAGGAGAGGAUAGAUAUUCGUCCUUACACAUCCGGAGGAGAUUUCCAGGUGAUAUUUCAAGCCGUCCACACCUCGCAAGGGGCUACGAAUUCAUACAUAUUGGAUUUCGUCUGGACAGGAUGUGCAUGUUCACUAUCCCCGUGCUAUCAUGGAAGCUGCUCCGAGACCCUUGGUUUUCAAUGCAACUGUGAUCCAGGAUGGACAGCAUCGAUUGAAAAUGACUGGCAUGAAGAUACAAUUUAG